GACCGACGCCGGAGCUCUUCUCUUGCCCUUAGCCAAACUUACUUUCCCGCCUCUCGAAAACUCGAGUUUUCCUCUUCCUCCUCCCUUCAGCUCACUCUUUUCCAUUCCGUUCCCCUCCUCUCCCACGCCACAAACCCACGUCCCCUUUCCUCUCUCCCAUCCCCUCCUCCCUUCCCGGGACCCCCUUAAACUCUUCUUCCUCCUUUAUCUCAGAGACUCAGUCCCAGCGCUCCUGCUGGACUCGGUCUCUGUCUCCUGCUCCGAUUCUUCUCGAAGUCAUGGCAGGACCUGGGGGUUGGAGGGACAAGGAGGUGACAGAUCUGGGCCACUUACCGGAUCCAACUGGAAUAUUCUCACUAGAUAAAACCAUUGGUCUUGGUACUUACGGGAAAAUCUAUUUGGGACUACAUGAGAAAACUGGUUCAUUCACGGCUGUUAAAGUAAUGAAUGCCCGGAAGACUCCUUUGCCUGAAAUAGGGAAGCGGGUGCGAGUGAAUAAAUAUCAAAAGUCUGUUGGAUGGAGAUACAGCGAUGAAGAGGAGGAUCUCAGGACUGAACUCAAUCUGCUGAGGAAGUAUUCUUUCCACAAAAACAUUGUGUCCUUCUAUGGUGCAUUUUUCAAGCUGAGUCCUCCUGGCCAUAGGCACCAACUUUGGAUGGUGAUGGAGUUAUGUGCGGCAGGCUCAGUCACUGAUGUAGUGAGGAUGACAAGAAAUCAGAGUUUAAAAGAAGACUGGAUUGCUUAUAUCUGUCGAGAAGUUCUUCAGGGCUUAGCUCACCUUCAUGCACACCGCGUCAUUCACCGGGACAUCAAAGGCCAAAAUGUGCUGCUGACUCAUAAUGCUGAAGUAAAAUUAGUGGAUUUUGGAGUGAGUGCCCAAGUGAGCAGAACAAAUGGAAGGAGAAACAGCUUCAUUGGUACACCAUACUGGAUGGCCCCUGAGGUGAUUCACUGUGAUGAGGACCCAAGGCGCUCCUAUGAUUACAGAAGUGAUGUGUGGUCCGUGGGAAUCACUGCUAUUGAAAUGGCUGAAGGGGCUCCUCCUCUGUGUAACCUUCAGCCCCUGGAAGCCCUUUUCGUUAUUCUACGGGAAUCUGCUCCCACAGUCAAAUCCAGUGGAUGGUCCCGUAAGUUCCACAAUUUCAUGGAAAAGUGCAUGAUAAAAAAUUUCUUGUUUCGUCCUACAUCUGGAAAUAUGCUUCAUCACCCAUUUGUUCAGAAUAUUAAAAAUGAACAGCACGUUGUGGAGUCAUUGACAAAACAUCUUACUGGAAUCAUUAAAAAGAGACAGAAGACAGGCAUACCUCUGGUCUUCGAAGGAGAAGAUGCUAUUAAGCAACAGUACGCCAUGAAGAGAUUCAGAGGACCUUCUUGCACUCAGGAACUUCUGAGACUGCCAGCCAGCAGCAGAUGCAGACCUCUUAGAGUCCAACAUGGAGAAUUCCCUCAGCCAAGGUGGUUACCUGAUCAAGAAGAGCCAGGACUCCAAGCACUUCAGGAACUGCAGGGGGAAGCCAUAGGGCUCAUGCCUCUCCAUGCUCAGGACAACACACCUGGGCCUGUACAGGAGCAGGCUCAGACACCACAGAGCGUACAUGGGGCAGCUCAGGUGUUCAUGCCGCUACAGGCUCCAGUUAAAGCUAAGGAAUCUACACCUCUGUUCAAGCAGAUUCAGGCACCUCCCCAACUAAAGAGAGCAUCCCGGAUGCAGGUGCCCAUGCAACUCCCUACUCAGGAUAAAGAACCUAGUCUUCCAGAGGCACAGGCCCCCAUACCCAAAGAACAGCAGGCCCAGUCUGAGGCAUUAGAAACAGGGCAGCCUGAAGAUCUGGAUCAGGUGCCUGAAGAAUUUCAGGGGCAAGAUAGGGCAGCUGAACAGCAAAGGCAGGGCCAGGCUGCUGAACAACAGCAGAGGCAGGAUCAAGUUCCUGAGCAGCAUCCAGAGCAAGAUAGGGCACCUGAGCAGCCAGAGGUGCAGGAACAGGCCGUGGAGCCUCCGCAAGCUGAGGUUGAGGAUAAGGAACCUGAGGUCCUACAAGUACAUGCCCAGGUGUUCCUGCCUUUAUUGUCACAGAACCAUCAUGUGCUCCUGCCUCUUCACUUGGACACACAGGUGCUAAUUCCAGUAGGGGAACAAAGUGAAGACUCAUCUCAAGCGCAGGGCUGGGCUCCAGAGGCCUCCCAGGCAAUCGGUGCAGUUCAAGCACUGAUAGAGGGAUUAUCAAGGGACUUGCUUCAAGCACCAAAUGCAUAUAUCUCAAAACCACUUGGUCCGCUGCAAAUCCUGCUGGAAAAUUUGUCAUCAAAUGUGUUUUACACUCAACCAGAACAGACACGGAAGAAAAAGUCAAAAGUUUCUAGUCUAAAGCAAGCACUGGUGAAAAGACUGUCACCCAAGAGGUUCAGGGCAAAGUCCUUAUGGAGAAUUGAGGAGUUUGAAUUUUCAGACUCAGAAACCAGCAGGAGACGGCGCCAGCGAAGAUGGGAGGAAAUCUUUAAUCAGCAUGAAGAGGAAUUGAGACAAAUUGGAAAUGAUAAAGAAGAUGACUCAUCAGACAAUGAUGAAGUGUUUCAUUCAAUACAGGCUGAAGUCCAAAUAGAACCAUACGUUCCAAAUCCUACAGGAAAUGAGGUCCACGAGAGAUCUGCUUCUAUGCCUUGCAACCGGAAUCGUACCCAUCGUGUGAAAUUUUCUUCAAGUGUCUCUCAGAGGCCUAUUUUCGAAGAAGCUCAACGGCCGAUGGACAUCAGACAGAGGAGUUCCCUAAAUUUUCACAAUUACCAAGCAGAAUCAGAAUCAUCUUCUGAGGAGGAGAGUCCUGUGACUAGGAGGAAGUCCCAAUCGUCGCCGCCUUAUUCUACUAUUGAUCAGAAGUUACUGAUUGACAUCCAUGUUCCAGAUGGAUUUAAAGUGGGAAAAAUAUCACCCCCUGUAUACUUGACAAAUGAAUGGGUAGGCUAUAAUGCACUCUCUGAAAUCUUCUGGGAUGAUUGGUUAAUUCCUGCACCUGUCAUUCAGCCACCUGAAGAAGAUGGUGAUUAUGUUGAACUCUAUGAUGCUGGUGCUAAUAUUGAUGGUGAUGAGGCGGCUUCUUACGAUGCUUAUGAAGAUACCUAUGACCAUGUCAAUGGCCAUUAUGGCUGGAAUAACCAGGUUGAUCAAGCAAAUGUCUAUAAAGUCCGUGGUGAAGGUGACUAUGAAGAUGGAUCUGUUCGUGACAUAGAUGAUAAUCUGGGUUCUGCAGCCAAUGGGCCAAGGGCAAGCUAUCGCAGACAGGGAAUAUUGAAGAAAGGUGGUAGUGGUGGAAGUAAUGUACAGCGGGGAGCGUUCAGAGCCUAUAGAAACAAUGGAGCCAGAGGUUAUCAAGGAAACAGUGCCGCUGAAGCGAGUGCUGCCUUUAGAGACCAGGAUGGGCAUGGAGCCAAUAGAGGUAACAGAUACAGAGGAGUCAAUGACAGCAGUGAAGAAAAUGGAGCAUAUGGAUUCUGUCGAGAAGAAGCCUACUCGCAGGAAGAUGGUGCAGGACUGGAUCAACACAUUUUUCAGGAUUUUGAACAUGAACAAGAGGAUUCAGAUGGUGGAACUGAGACCUCAGACUCAAUUGCCUUGGAUGACACAUCCCUUGGACUUGAUGGUGAGAAUCCCAAUGAUAUAUCAGAGUCAUCAACAACAGUGGGAUUUCCUAUAGUCCACUCACCUUCUGGAGGGUCUGCUUCUGCUUCUGAUAUUGACACUGAGAGCGCCAACACAUGUAACAAACCACUAAUUCAUGUGUAUGAAAAGGAGUUCACAUCUGAGAUCUGCUGUGGUUCUUUGUGGGGAGUCAAUUUGUUGCUGGGCACCAAAUCUAAUCUGUACCUGAUGGACAGAAGUGGAAAGGCAGACAUCAUUAAACUUAUAAAGCGAAGACCGUUCCGCCAGAUUCAAGUUGUGGAGCCACUCAAUUUGCUGAUUACCAUCUCUGGCCACAAGAACAGACUUCGCGUGUAUCAUCUGACCUGGCUGAGGAACAAGAUUCUGAAUAAUGAUCCAGAAAGCAAGAGAAGGCAGAAAGAAAUGCUGAAGACAGAGGAGGCUUGUAAAUCCAUUGAUAAGUUGACUGGCUGUGAACACUUCAGUGUCCUUCAACAUGAAGAAACAACAUACAUUGCAGUUGCUUUGAAAUCAUCAAUUCACCUUUAUGCAUGGGCACCAAAGUCCUUUGAUGAAAGCACUGCUAUUAAAGUGAUAUGCAUUGAUCAAUCAGCAGACUCCGAAGGAGACUACAUGUCCUAUGAAGCCUAUAUACGAAUAUUGGCAAAAAUACAGGCAGCUGAUCCAGCGAACCGGUUUAAGAGACCAGAUGAGCUCCUUCAUUUGCUGAAACUCAAGGUGUUUCCAACCCCUGAUCUUAAGCCAGUGACAGUUGACCUGGCUAUUGGUUCUGAGAAAACACUGAAGAUUUUCUUCAGCUCAGCGAAUGGAUAUCACAUCAUUGAUGCAGAAACUGAGGUUAUGUCUGAUGUGACAUUGCCAAAUAACUCCUUGGAAAUCAUUAUAUCACAGAAUAUCAUCAUUUUACCUGAUUGCUUGGGAAUUGGCGUGAUGCUCUCCUUCAAUGCUGAAGCUGCCUCGGAGGAAGCAAAUGAACAACUCUUCAAGAAGAUCCUUGAAGUGUGGAAAGACAUACCAUCUUCUGUGGCUUUUGAGUGUACACAGAGAAUCACCGGGUGGGACCAAAAGGCUAUUGAAGUGAGAUCUCUGCAGUCCAGCAUCCUCGAGAAUGAGCUCAAGCGCAGGUCAAUCAAGAAACUGAGAUUCCUGUGUACCCGUGGUGACAAGCUGUUCUUUACUUCUACACUGAACAACCACCACAGCCGGGUUUACUUUAUGACCCUUGGAAAACUUGAAGAGCUCCACAGAAGUUAUGCUGUUUAAACGGUCCCAAUGAUUUCUUCCAUUUACAUCCAUCACAUACAUGCAAUUGCAUCCUGACAUUUCAGUUUUACCAUUAGAAACACUUUAACGAGAGGCUUUUAAUGUAGGACAUAAUAGUUUCAAUGAGAAAUUCAGUUUUAUAAGUAAAGUUAACUAUAGCAAGCUCUAUGUACUCCAAUGGUGUACAAUAUCUUUUGCACGAACUUUGUAACUUUUGUUACUGUGAAUUCAGACAUUACUCUUAGGACAGUUUGGACAGUAUCUGUAUUCAGAUUUACAGCAUGGAGUAAAGAAACCUGUUAUAAAUUAUGUUACAAGCGACUUGCAAUUGAAUUGGCCCUAAAUAAGCUUUUCUAAAAAAAUACAUAUGUGAUUUUUCCAAGGAAAGGUUAGAUUAAGACACAGAAGCCUAAUAAUUUUUAUUGCCCAGACUAAGGUUGAACAACCUGUAUGUACAAGGAAAAUUACAGCGAUCAAGGGGGAUAUGCCACCCAGUUCUUUUUAACAAUCAAUCCACAGUUGGAAACCAACUGUGAUUUUUAUUUCUGCCCCUUGUUCAACUGGCUUUCUCCAUAUAAGAACGAAAGAAGAAAACCUCAGAUGUUUGCUUCCCCUUUCUGAAGCCCCUACUGUGUACAAUAGCUGUUUUUACAAUCUACCUAACAAUUUAUUUGCCAGUUUGAAUACAGGACUGAACUCCAAUACACAUGUACUGUAGAAAGAUUUUUUAAUUCUUCAAAGAGUAGGCGUCAAAUUCUGUCCCCAUGAUUGACAGAGUUCUGAAUUUCAUUAUCUAGCCAAUACUAUGACCAUCAGACAGUAUUGAAUAUUUUCCCAGUCUUAUAUUAAAAUAUAUAAAAUGCCCUUCCAGUUAUUAAGCAAAGCAACGUGGCAAAAUGAAAAGAACAUUGACAGCUAAUACAUUCUCACAAUUCUGUCACUACAAACUGAGAAAUGAAAGCAAUCAAACAAUAAUCUCAAAUUUAGUCAUUUGUUGUAGGCAAGUAAAUAAUAAGACCAAAAUAGCAUUCAUUGGAAUAUCAAAGUGAAAUUCAUGCCAGUCCAUACCCAAAUAUUUUAUAGACGCCAAAAAAAUAGGUGAUACUUGCUCACCUAUGGUAACUGCUACCUGAUAAGAAAGUGUGAUUUAUACCUGUCCAUCCUCAAUGCCAUGGUUAGUUCUGAGGCCAGAGAAAAAGCUACAGAACCAACCACAAAGUAUACCUCAGUGAGUCCUCUAGUUCUGCUUCUAAAGUCUGAAGACUUUGCUAGUGGGAUAAUAAUUUUUAAACUACCUGGUUAACCAAAACAGAAAGCAGCUGACUUCAUGUGAUUUCCUUAUAGUAUAUCAUUUCCUGGAAAGUUUGUGCCAGAAAGGAAGAUUUGGAUUUUCCUAUGGCUUCUAUCAAGAGUAUAGUAGCUCAGUGUUCAGAUUAUAGGAGAACCUGAGUCUACAAUUUAAAUGUGAUUCACAUUUCUGUUACUGUGACACAAUAAUGUGAUCCUAAAAACUGGCUUAUCCUUGAGUGUUUACAAUUCAAAUGACUUUUUUAAGUUCUAAGUUCAAUAGUUACUUUAAAUAAACAAACUUUAAUGUCAAGUCGAUACCUUAGAAGUAGUUUUCUUUUUAAAAAUAAUUGUACACCAAAGGCCAUGGGGAACUUGGUGCAAGUACCUCAUCGCUGAGCAAAUGGAGCUUGCUAUGUUUGAAUUUCCGAAUUUUUUCUCAUUUAAGUAGUGUGUAGGAAAAGCCUUUUUAAGAAUUUUUUCUUCAUAGUAUUUACUCAAAGUUAAGCUUAUAACAAGUUUCAUCUUAAAACAUACGUUUAAGGCAGUCAUACAUUUUAAAAACUAUUUUAGCAACUCAACUCCCAUUGAUCUUUGUGGCAGUUAUUCCAUCAAGCACAGGAAAUAGCAAACAGAAUCUACAAAGUUGUCCCCAACCCAACCACACAGGACAGAUUGCCAGUGCAAUGCCAUGCUUCAAAGGCUAGUGCACUAUUGAACAAAAGAAGUUUGGCAUCUAGCAAGGAAAAGGGAGCUUUAAGCCUUGGGUGGCAAAGUAUGAAAGAAUGAAAUAUUUGAAGUAGUUCAUUAGUAAUCAGUGUCACUAAUGGAUAUUUCCAACUUAGGAGUUAAUCUGUAUGGGCUCUAUAUAGCCUUUGGCAGGUGAAUCAGAAAGGCAGAACAAUGCAAUUUCAUAGUCAUUAUACUUUGUAAUAGGAGGAAUGACUAUGUACUAUACCUUGGAGCAGUACCUAGGAGGCCCAGCACAUCACAGAAGUGGGAAGAGGCACUCUGAAAGCCAGUGUAACUAGAAUUAUGGUUUGAAGCAUGAACAUUCUGGCAGGUUAUGAACAACACUGGUCAGAGUAUGGUUUGACUUCAUGGUGAGUUAGAUUUUUUUAUUUCCAAAUUAGUUAUAAUAAAAGAUAUCAUGUGAAAUGUUUGAACACUAGAAAAUGCUAAAAAAAUAGGGCUGAUAACAAAAUUUCUGAGUGAGUUCAAAUUAAAAUGCUAAAAGCAAAGAGCAAGAAGUGAUAACCAUCAAAGCAAUUAAAUAAGCAAGGCAGUAUCACUCACGUACUCACAUCCCCUCACCCAAACCUUAGAAUGUAAAGAUUAAAUACUUUUUGAGACAAAUUGAAAACCAAGUAAUGUUUUCAUCUAUUUGAGGGCUGGACAGAUAGCUAGAUUAGUAAAGCCAAUGCCCAGUACUCUAAAUUCAAUCCCCAGAAAUCAUAAAAAUUCCAGUCAUGGUAGUGGAUACCUUGAAUCCCUGUGCUGAAGAAAGGUAGACAAAUAGAUUUCUGGAGCUUGCUUGCCAGCUAGUCAAAACUAAUUGCAGAACUUCUGGCCAGUGAGAGAGGCUGUCUCCAAACAGGUGGAUGGCAUUCCUGAGGAUGACACUGGAUGUUAUCCUCUGAUUGCCCUCUUCCUGCCUCCCUCCCACCUUCCCUCCCUUCAUCCGUCUCCCUUGUUUUAUAACACACACACACACACACACACACACACACACACACACCAUGCAUACACAGGAACACACAAACAUUCACAAACACACAAAAUACAAUUCAUUUAUCUGAGACAGUCUCCAUAAGGAAUAAUGCCACACACUCUCAAUGGGAUCUUUUACGUAUUUUUUGAUUUGUUUCAAGAUAAUGUGCCGGUUUGAAUCACUUAUAUUCAACUUGUAUGGAGUUCAUCUUUGGGACUAAUUGUUUGACCAGAAACUCUGUAAUGAAUUAUUGAUUGGCUUCUUAAAUAAAAUUUGCAAUUAUU